CACAUGUCACGAUUUAAUUGGGUUGAACUCGUCACAUUUGAAUCCUAAAUAUAGAACGCAUCGCACUUUCGUAUAAACAACCCUAGGGCUCUUCCUACCAAUUUCAACCACUUUCUCACCAAUUCAACUUUGUGGUUUGCAGUUCUGAUUCGCUAAAAUGGGAGGUGGUUUUAGAGUCCUACAUCUGGUGAGACCGUUUCUCUCGUUUCUACCAGAAGUCCAAAGUGCCGACAGAAAGGUUCCCUUCAGAGAAAAGGUCAUAUACACUGUGAUCUCUCUUUUCAUCUUUCUGGUUUGCAGUCAGCUUCCCCUGUAUGGCAUUCAUUCGACAACCGGUGCAGACCCUUUUUACUGGAUGCGUGUGAUCCUAGCUUCAAACCGUGGAACCGUCAUGGAACUUGGUAUCACCCCCAUUGUGACGUCCGGACUGGUCAUGCAGCUGUUAGCUGGGUCGAAAAUCAUUGAAGUUGACAACAAUGUUCGUGAGGAUCGCGCACUCUUGAAUGGUGCUCAGAAGUUGCUGGGUAUCUUGAUCGCUGUUGGUGAGGCUGUUGCUUAUGUUCUAUCGGGAAUGUACGGUAGUGUCGGUCAACUUGGUGUUGGAAAUGCGAUUCUCAUAAUCGUGCAACUAUGUUUCGCUGGCAUUAUCGUCAUAUGUCUGGACGAACUUCUUCAAAAGGGAUACGGUUUAGGCUCCGGAAUCUCAUUGUUCAUAGCUACCAAUAUCUGUGAAAGCAUUAUCUGGAAAGCAUUCAGCCCUACAACAAUCAACAGUGGGCGUGGCGCGGAGUUUGAGGGUGCAGUUAUUGCGUUAUUCCAUCUUUUAAUCACUAGGUCCGAUAAAGUUAGAGCUUUACGGGAAGCCUUUUACCGACAGAACUUGCCGAAUGUUACCAAUUUGCUUGCUACCGUUUUGAUCUUUCUCAUCGUUAUCUACUUCCAAGGCUUCCGUGUUGUUUUGCCUGUGAGAUCUAAGAAUGCUCGUGGGCAACAAGGAUCGUACCCUAUUAAGUUGUUUUAUACUUCCAACAUGCCUAUUAUUCUUCAGUCUGCACUUGUAUCCAACCUUUAUUUCAUCUCUCAGUUGCUUCACAGAAAGUACAGUGGGAAUUUCUUGGUUAACUUGUUGGGAAAGUGGAAGGAGUCUGAAUACUCGGGCCAAUCGGUUCCAGUUGGUGGGCUUGCUUACUAUGUUACUGCACCUUCUAGCUUGGCAGACAUGGCAGCCAAUCCCUUCCACGCUCUUUUCUAUCUCGUGUUCAUGCUCACCGCAUGUGCGCUCUUUUCCAAAACUUGGAUUGAAGUUUCUGGAUCAUCUGCAAGAGAUGUAGCCAAGCAGCUAAAGGAGCAACAAAUGGUGAUGCCAGGUCACCGGGACUCAAACCUUCAGAAGGAACUGAACCGGUACAUCCCAACUGCAGCUGCGUUUGGAGGAAUGUGCAUUGGUGCAUUGACGGUUUUGGCAGAUUUCAUGGGAGCUAUUGGAUCGGGUACUGGUAUAUUGUUAGCGGUAACAAUCAUAUAUCAGUACUUUGAGACAUUUGAGAAAGAGAAAGCCAGUGAACUUGGUUUAUUCGGGUUUUAAUUUCACGAUGCUUUAUGUUUAGAGGAUGGGUUUAGCGUCUACUUUUCGUUCGUUUUAGGGAGAAUACUUGUUUAAAGUAGUGGCAGUUUGAACCCGGAUAUUUCUGUUUUCGGAUGUUGCAUCCUGUUUUUUUUCUUUUCUUUUUAUACUUGCAAAAGGUUUGCGUUUCUUUA